ACUCGUCCAUCCCUAGAUCGCGACGUCAUGACUCACGUGACCACCACUGUGCCAAAAGUGAAAAAAAGUUUAAAAAAAAAAAAAAAGAAAAGAAAAAAAGAAAAGAAAAAAUAAGUGACAACUUUUCAAGCAUCUGAUCCAUCAGCGGUGUGGAGAAAAUAAUGUCAGCUUUCUUGUUAGAUAUCAGACCUUUGAAAGAGCCGCUGGGAUUUAUACGAGUCCUAGAAUGGGCAUUUUCCAUCUUUGCAUUUGCGUCGACUGGUCAUUAUUCCGGCACCACAAGCUUUAAUAUCCAAUGUCAAGGGAAUGCUUCUAUCCAUGAGACCAACAUCUCCUUCGGAUACCCUUUUAGACUUAAUCAAGUUGGGUUUGAUGUGCCAACCUGCGAAGUCAACAGAACAACAGAAAUGAAGAAGUACUAUCUGGUUGGAGAUCAUUCAUCUUCAGCUGAGUUCUUUGUUGCAGUUGGAGUCCUGGCCUUCCUGUACUGUACUGGCAUACUUGUGGUGUAUGUUGGCUACCAGCAUGUAUACCGCGAGUCAAACCGUGGCCCUGUGAUUGAUCUGCUAAUAACUGGAAUCUUCACAUUCUUGUGGCUGUUGGCUUCUUCUGCCUGGGGAAAAGGCCUGACUGAUGUGAAAUGGACUACAAGUCCAACAAAACUUCUUUCUUUAAUCAAUGUCUGUAAGAUCCCCACAAACAAGUGCACAGCGGGCGCCCUUCCUACUUUAGGCCCCCUCAAUUCUUCAGUGAUUUCUGGGUUUCUUAAUCUCAUCUUAUGGGCGGGAAACUGCUGGUUCAUCUUUAAGGAGACACACUUCCAUACACAGGCCGGUCCUUCAGCCACUCAGCAAGAAGCAACAAGGCAGCCUUGACAAAAGAGUAGGAGAAAAGGCUGUGCCUACAUUAUGCGUUGUAGUUCAGACAGUUGUGGUUUAGUGACUAAACUUCCUGUGUGACAUUACAACUCACAGGAAGCAUGGUUUUGUUCUACAAAGUCUUUGUGCAGUACACUCACUUCAAACUAUUUCACUGCCAUAUAACUACUCUAAAUUACUCAGUCAAUCUCAAGGAAUCAAGUGUGAGUAAAUGUAUAUGUAUAAUCACGCAUAUGACUCAAAUGUGCAUCAGAAAGAUAGACACACUUUACACACACGCCAUAUUGAAUACAUGGUUCAUGGAUGAAAAAGAAUGAAUGUGAAGCCUGAUAUUUAGUGACUGGUGUAACCUUCUUUAUUGACAGCAACUUCAGCCUAGUGCUUUCUGUCAAUGCAGAUCAGUUCUGUGCUGUUCUGUAUUUUGAUCUUUUUCUUUUCACAAAACUUUAUGCAUUUCACAAAAAAAUUCAAUAAAUCAUCGUAUUUGGGGAUUUAGAUCACAAAAACCCCUGACAUGAAAUUUUCCAAGUUCUUAAAAGACAGGAGAUGACGGGGAAUCAUGAAAUGAGCUUUAGUUGCUGAUAGAUUGUUUGGGGACAGCUGUCGCAGAAACACACAAUAUGAAUUACAGUAUGAAUUUGUGCUGAAUACAUUUUUUAUUUUAUUUUUAUUUUAGUUUUUCCUACAGGUCUUUCAUGAUAUGAACCAUUUCUUACUUAACAUUUAUUGUUUUUUGUUUUUUUUAAUGAGGUCACAAGAUUCAAAGUGCUUUAUUUUUAUUUUUUAUUUUUUAUAAAGUUUCCAAAAAUACUUUGUAAUAACUCAUUACAUUACUUUGUAAUGCAGUACCAAUUACAUUUCUUUAUCCAUCAUCUCAAGCAAAGUUAUUGCUUUGCUAUGUAUUUUGAUGAAUAUUUGUCCCCCAUUAAUGCCUUUGUACAAUUAGGUGUCCAUCCAUUACCCAGGAAAAUUAAACAGUGUUUCGUUCAGUUGUUAUGCAUGUGUGAUAUCCAAAUGUGUCUUAACAAAUAAAAUUUUUGUUUUGUA